CCUCACAUUCAGACCUCUCUCACUCACUCUCUCUCUUCUGUCUCUAUCUCUCUCUAACGCUCUCUCUCGCUUCGCCAUUACAAUCGUUGAUAAUCACUUCUCUUUGAUUUUCUUCAUUUUGCUUAUUAAUCUCUGUUUUGCAGGAUUUCGAUUUUGUUUUUCAAUUAAUUGAUUCUAUUUUAUACAUUUCUUUUUCCCUAUUUUGUUCUAUUUUUUCUCUAACAAUGGACGCAGGAUCUAUGAGUUCUUCUGCUAACAUCAAAACCCGAUCACGCUUCCCUCUUCAGGAACAAUUUCUCCAGAGAAAGAGUUCCCGGGAAAAUUUAGAUAGAUUCAUACCGAACCGAUCCGCGAUGGAUUUCGAUUAUGCCCACUACAUGCUCACAGAGGGAGCUAAAGGUAAGGAAGACACAGCUGUGAGCUCACCCUCCAGAGAUGCAUACAGGAAGCUGCUUGCAGAGAGCUUAAACAUGAACAGGACUAGGAUUCUUGCUUUCAAGAACAAGCCACCUGAGUCAGUUGACUUGAUCUCUCAUGAGAUUUCCUCAGCUCUUCCUCAAGAUAAUAAAGCCGUCAAGCCCAGGCGACACAUUCCUCAGUCUUCUGAGAGAACAUUGGAUGCUCCGGAUCUCAUGGAUGACUAUUACCUCAAUUUACUUGACUGGGGAAGUGGCAAUGUUCUUGCAAUUGCACUAGGAAGCACAGUGUACUUAUGGGAUGCAACAAAUGGUUCCACUUCAGAACUUGUUACAGUUGAUGAUGAAGUUGGCCCUGUCACAUCAGUUAACUGGGGUCCUGAUGGAAGACAUAUUGCUAUUGGUUUGAACAAUUCUGAGGUGCAACUAUGGGAUACUGGUUCAUAUAGACAGUUGAGAACUUUGAAAGGUGGACAUAGGCAGAGAGUGGGGUCUUUGGCUUGGAACAAUCACAUACUCACAACAGGAGGGAUGGAUGGUAGAAUUGUGAACAAUGAUGUGAGAAUCAGAUCACACAUUGUUGAAACCUACAGAGGGCAUGAGCAAGAGGUUUGCGGGCUGAAAUGGUCAGCUUCAGGCCAACAAUUAGCCAGUGGAGGGAAUGAUAAUCUACUUUAUAUCUGGGACAGAUCCACAGUAUCUUCUAAUUCAACAACAAAAUGGCUUCACAGGCUUGAAGAUCACACAUCUGCAGUGAAGGCACUUGCCUGGUGUCCCUUCCAAGGGAAUUUGCUAGCUUCCGGUGGAGGCACUGGAGAUCGUUGCAUCAAGUUUUGGAACACACACACCGGCGCUUGCUUGAACUCUGUGGACACCGGGUCUCAAGUUUGCUCCUUGCUGUGGAACAAGAACGAGAGGGAGUUGCUCAGCUCUCAUGGUUUCUCCCUGAAUCAGCUUACACUUUGGAAAUAUCCUUCAAUGGUCAAGAUGGCAGAGCUCACUGGUCACACUUCCAGAGUUCUUUACAUGGCACAGAGCCCAGAUGGUUGCACAGUAGCAUCAGCAGCGGCUGAUGAAACAUUGAGGUUUUGGAAUGUGUUUGGAGCUCCUGAGGCAGCUAAAGCUGCACCAAAAGCAAGAGCUGAGCCAUUUGCACAUGUGAACAGAAUUCGAUAGGCGGCAACCAUGUUAUUUUUUUCUGGUUGAAGAAUGCCUCCGCAAUCACUGGCAUCAAUAUGUAGAUGUAAAUUACAAAACAAUAAGGGGUCAGUGCCUAGUGAUGCAGUAGAGGGAAAAGUUCAUGUGAGCUUUGGGGGACCUUAAAUGUACAUAUUGUAACAUAUUGACAAUGGAAAACAGAACCUCCUUUAUUCCGUGGACGUAGUCACACACUGUGGCGAACCACGUA